AUGUCAACAGGAGCAGCACCGCUGCUAGCAGCUGGAUUGGUGAUAAGCGACUGCAAAAUAGUUUUUUUUUUCUUAAACAAUGUGAACAUGCUUUUUUGGACAACUACAAAAGUGGUUGGAGACCUGGCUUUACCUGGGCCAGGUGUACAGGGCCUCUCCGCAAUGUCCUCCAACACAUCGGCGCCCGCCAGUCCCAUGCCAGGUGCGGACAACAGAGGGUGUGAAAACGGUGCGCUAAUGGACUCUUUGGGGAUUUUCCUGCAAGGGCUUUUAGCCGUCCUGGCCUUCAGCAUAUUGAUGUUGAAACGCUUCAGGGAGCCCAAGCAUGAACGAAGGCCCUGGAGGAUCUGGUUCCUGGACACCUCUAAACAGGCCAUCGGGAUGCUGUUCAUUCAUUUCGCCAACGUUUACCUGUCGGACCUCACCGAGGAGGAUCCCUGCUCUCUAUAUCUCAUCAACUUCCUUCUGGAUGCGUCGUUGGGGAUGCUUCUGAUCUACGCCGGGGUGAGGGUCGUCAGUGCUGUGGUGGAGUGGAGGCAGUGGGACUCUCUGCGCUUUGGAGAAUACGGAGAGCCGGUGCAGUGUUCUGCCUGGGUGGGUCAGUGUGCUCUCUACAUCCUCAUCAUGAUGUUUGAGAAGGUCGUCAUCAUGCUGGUCCUUCUCAUCCCCCAGUGGAAGAAGUUGUCCCUCCUCAACCCAAUAGAUAAUCCUGACCUCGAGUUAGCCAUCGUCAUGCUCAUUGUUCCGUUCUUCAUCAAUGCCCUCAUGUUCUGGGUGGUGGAUAACUUCCUCAUGAAGAAGCACAGGACAAAAGCCAAGCUAGAGGAGCGAGAUGAGGACCUCCGGGGGAGCAGCAAGGUGCGGUACCGGCGGGCCCUGUCCCACGACGACUCGGAGUCCGAGAUCCUCUUCUCAGCCGACGACGAGAUGGACGACUCGGACGAGGACGACGUGCGGCGUCUGAGCGGCCUGAAGACGGUGAAGAAGAAGAAGCAUCGCAUGGGGAUCCCUCCUGGUGAGGUGAAAAAGAAGAAGCGACCAGUUAUGAAGGAGGAGGACCUGAAAGGAGCACGCAGCAAACUGGGCCUGAGGGGCGAAGUCAAGAGUAAGACGUAUGAGGUCAUGGUGGAGUGUGAGCGCAUGGGGAAGGUUGCUCCAUCCGUGUUCAGCGGCGUCAGAUCCGGAUCUGAAACGGUCCUGGAGAAGCCCGGAGGUCCGGGGGGGAGCGUUUUCUCCAAAUGAAAACUAUGCCACGCCACCAACGUGUCAUGAAAUAGAAUAUAAAACAUGUAUUUUAUGAUCAGACAAUUCUAUACAAUUAAUAAAUGGAGAAUGAGCAAACAACAGAAAUAGUCAAAUAUAUUUAAAAUACAUUUAAAGUAGUGAAUUUAUUGGUUGUGUAGACAAUGUCGUGACAUUGUAGGCACAGGCCUACUUGGCCCAUCUGUUUUUAUAAGGGAUCAGUAAUGACCAUAUCAUAUCAUUUAUAUGGCAGAUUCAACGUGUGAAAUACUUUUGUUGACAACAAUAUUUUUUUUAUUAUUCUGCCUGAAGAUAGAUUUUUGCAUUUUAUUGCAUUUUUAAUAAAUACAUAUUAUAUUGUAACUCGAAUUUUUUUGUUAUUUUCAUAUUAUUGACAACCAUUAGUUUACAUCCUAGCAGACAUAAAAAAACAUGACUUAUUUAUAAAGAUAAAAAAGAUUACGUGUGAAGCCUACUCAGCCUUCAAUUAAUUAUGAACAUGCAAGGUAGAGAAGAUAUGGGGUAGGAAGAAGAUGAACACACCAGUCACUAACUGAAAGUACUAAGCAAGUAACUCUUGAUCCUGAAAAGUCAACAGAUGACCGCUGAAGGAUGUCGGCUAUGUUGCUCAACACAAACACUCUGUGUUUGUGUUGAGCAACAUAGCUGACAUACUGACAUACAGCCAAGUCAUAGACCCGCCCUGACUGAACCCAUAUCUAACUACUGGCUAUUAUUGAUGCAUUUAUAUGGAGUUUAAAACCAAAUCUUCGGUGUAGAGCUAAACAACCAGUGUUUCCUCGCUGGAUUGUCAGCGUCACUGCAAUAAAAUAAUAAUAAUUGCAACCCAAAAAAACCGGCCUUGAGCUGAGUUGUUGUGUGUCAAUGUGCAUUGACACAUUAUUGCCGCCAAUAAUUUGGGUGUGGAAUUGCAUCUGUGAUCGUUGAAUUCUCCGGUAGUUCAGCUCGUCAAUUGAUUGACGGAACAGGGGCACCUCAGGGGCCAAUCAGAGUCCAGCAGGGGCCAGGGUCCCUGUGGCCCCACCCCUAGAACCGCCACUGCCCCCGCCGCCCCCUGGCGUUGCUAGGUUACCAGCUCACUUCUGCAAAAAUAUCUAGGGGACACACUGAAACAACAAAUCAAUUUGGUGACUCACAACACAGGGGAACUGGUGCUACAUAUUAACUAGUUUAACAAACUUAUACGGCAGCCAAAGAUUGGUUAGAAUUCAGUCUGCAGAACACAGUGAAGUUAAGUUAAGUGUGAUAACAUGGCAUCCAGAUUAUCGUUUUGUUUAAAGUAUACUUGCUUGACUAUAAGGUGCACAUCUAUUUACUUUACUGAGGUUUUCUUUCUUUUUUUAGAGUCAGGCGGUUAGCCCAUAUCUGGUUUGGAGCAAGUCACAGAUGUGUAUGUAGGCCUUUGACUUUCUCAACCCCUGGCCUCUCUGGCCAGUCCAGGGAGCCCUGCUGGACAAAUAUGAAAAUACAAAUUCCCCAGCAUUAAGAUACACGUUUUGAAUCACCCAGAACUCAAGACUUGUAGGCUGGGAUUGUUAAUUUAUGAAGCAAAUUAUUGUUUUCUUUAUUUACCAGAAAAUAUGCAAGUAAGUAAGUAAGUAAGUAAGUAAGUAAGUAAGUAAGUAAGUAAGUAAGUAAGUAAGUAAGUAAGUAAGUAUUUUAUUGUCUCUCUCACAAGAGAAUUUUGCUUUGGGCAAACAGAGAGCAUCGGCGACGCAUACAUAAAUAUUUUACACGUGAAACAUGUAACACAUUGCAUUACCCAAACACAUGGCCUCACCCCCACCUUGAAACCCAUUAUAAAAAACGCAUUAUGAAAGUACUAAGCAAGUAACUCUUGAUCCUGAAAAGUCAACAGAUGACCGCUGAAGGAUGUCGGCUAUGUUGCUCAUCACAAACACAGAGUGUUUGUGUAGACCCCCUUCAGCAACAUAGCUGACAUACUGACAUACAGCCAAGUCAUAUAGGCCCACCCUGACUGAACCCAUAUCUAACUACUGGCUAUUAUUGAUGUAUUCAUAUGGAGUUUAAAAACAAAUCUUCGGUGAAGAGCUAAACAACCAGUGUUUCCUCGCUGGAUUGUCAGCGUCACUGCAAAAAAAUAAUAAUAAUUGCAACCCAAAAAAAACGGCCUUGAGCUGAGUUGUUGUGUGUCAAUGUGCAUUGACACAUUAUUGCCGCCAAUAAUUUGGGUGUGGAAUUGCAUCUGUGAUCGUUGAAUUCUCCGGUCGUUCAGCUCGUCAAUUGAUUGACGGAACAGGGGCACCUCAGGGGCCAAUCAGAGUCCAGCAUGGGCUAGGGUCCAUGUGGCCCCACCCCUAGAACCGCCACUGCCCCCGGCCGCCCCCUGGCGUUGCUAGGUUACCAGCUCACUUCUGCAAAAAUAUCUAGGGGACACACUGAAACAACAAAUCAAUUUGGUGACUGUUACAACACAGGGGAGAUGGUGCUACAUAUUAACUAGUUUAACAAACUUAUACGGCAGCCAAAGAUUGGUUAGAAUUCAGUCUGCAGAACACAGUGAAGUUAAGUUAAGUGUGAUAACAUGGCACCCAGAUUAUCGUUUUGUUUAAAGUAUACUUGCUUGACUAUAAGGUGCACUGCACAUCUAUUUACUUUACUGAGGUUUUCUUUCUUUUUUUAGAGUCAGGCGGUUAGCCCAUAUCUGGUUUGGAGCAAGCCACAGAUGUGUGUUUGUAGGCCUUUGACUUUCUCAACCCCUGGCCUCUCUGGCCAGUCCAGGGAGCCCUGCUGGACAAAUAUGAAAAUACAAAUUCCCCAGCAUUAAGAUAUACGUUUUGAAUCACCCAAAGCAAAUUAUUUUUUUCUUUAUUUUCCAGAAAAUAUGCAAGUAAGUAAGUAUUUUAUUGUCUCUCUCACAAGAGAAAUUUGCUUUGGGCAAACAGAGAGCAUCGGCGACGCAUACAUAAAGAUUUUACAUACAUAAAAACGUGAAACAUGUAACACAUUGCAUUACCCAAACACAUGGCCUCACCCCCACCUUGAAACCCAUUAUAAAAAACGUAGUCUAGGCACUACCCAAGUAUCCAUAAGGAUGAUUGCACUGCCCACUAGUUAUUGCACUAUUGCCCCACCAGUUAUUGCACUGUUCCAUCCCGGAAAGCUCCCUCAGCUUAGUUUAUAAAGUAGCUCAAUUUAUAGCAUAAUUAGAGAGAACUUUAAUCUAUUUAACCUACAAAAUGGGAGCCGGUAUCUUUUGCCCAGAGGCAACAGUUCAUACUCCAAGUUUAGGACAUGGGUUGGGUCAGUGUCUAUCUUAGAACCUUGCUUCCUAACCUUGUCCUCAAAAAUCUCCUAUAAGUGGACAUUUAUUAGAAUUAGCCAUUUUAUCCCGAUCACCCUUGAAACAGACAGGAAUCUGGUGGUGCCACACCUAGUUUCCCAACUCGUCAUCACUUCUGACCUCAUACAUUUAUUUAUGGUAACCGAUAUUUUUAUAUAGCACACGUGCGUCUCUGUUCAGAUGGGGAGGUGCAAAGUGUCCCUGUACAAUGGCAUCUCUGUUUGGAGUGAAAAGUCGAAGCCUUGCUAUUGAAAUCCUGUCAGAAAUUGCCCCUCUGGUCUAGCACAAGGGCUUAUCACUCCUAAAUUGAUUAAAGUUUUCCGCCUUCAAACAAGCUCAUUGACAUUGGAAAAAAAAUCUUAGAUUGGGAUGAGAGCAUAUUGCCUAUAGGGCAUCAGCAGGGGUAUUGCAAGGUUAAUAUGAGGAGAGCAACAGAAGCUGAAUAAAAGGUGAUAACCAAAAAACUGCCAUUCAGUAACCAAGUCAGGGCCAGUUGUUUUAUUUGUUACUCCACAAUCAUAAAAGUAUGAGAGCAGUUAAAUGUAAUGGUAAAGAGCUGGUACAUGUAACUCCAAUGAAUGUGCAAGAACACUUAAUCUAAAAUUGGCAAAGCAUGAAUACAACAAACAAAGAUUAAUAAUAAAUAAGAAUAUACACAACAAAACAGAAAAUAUAAUUAGUGUGACCUUAUAUAUAAGAAACAAUAUAUUGUUGCUUGUGCACAUCAGUUGUAUCAAUAACUUUGUAGCCCUAUAUUUUGACCUGUUUUUUAAUCAUAUUUCAGCCAGACAAAGGCUGAAAUAACAAACAUAUACCCCAAUAUCACAUUGUUGAAUGUACUGCACGGCAGCAUGGUUAGUCAAAAGUCUUUACUUUUCUGAAAGUAAAGACUGGGGGGAGGAUUGCGCUGGUCUGGAGUGGAAGGGACAGAAGGAGUCCAAAUAGGAGGAGAGCAAAGAGUCAAAGGCUUCUUUUGUGGACAUUGGAUUGUCCUCGAGAUGGUAGUGAAGACCGGACAGUUGAGGUGAAAGUAGAGAGAGAGAAGGAGACAUCAGUUUAGUACAGAGGAGGGAAAGGGAGGACUUCCCUUCCCUUGCCUCUCACCCCCAGGUCUGGCGCAAGUGCUUAUCACUCCAGUAGAGACGACUCAGCCUUAAUUCUCAGCCAUCAAACAAGUUCAUUGACUUUUGGACUUAAAAUCAAAUAUUGGGACUUCAGCAGGAGCUAUCAUAAGGGUAAAUACUGCAUAUUAUGAGGUACUGUUUGCAAAGCAACAGCCAAUGAAUAAAAGGCAAUACAAAAGACGAAAGGACUAAUAAAAAAAAUAAUAGCAAAAAAAUAUCAAAAUCAAAAUCUAUAUUGAAAUACUGUGAACUAGUAUGUGAAACUACGUGUUUGUUUAUUGUGUACAUCUGUUGUAAAUGUCUCUCUUACAUUUAUUUACCCCCAACCGUCUGUGACUCUCAAGUCCUAUAUUUUCAACUGUUUCCAUCAGACAAAGGCUGGUUGUCUAAGCUAGAUAACACAUUUUACCAAACAUGAAAAUGUUAAAUAAAUGAAAAUGAUUAGUCAAAAGUCUUUACCUUUCUGAAAUCUCUUCUAGAUAAUUUAGUUUCCCCUUUCCUGAGUCCACACUACAGAGGUAAAAUAUUCUUAUUAAUUCUACUGGCUUUGGAGGGCUGAUAAUAAUUACACUACUGGUUAUUAAAGAUCUCAUCGCAUGAAAAUUUCACUUUCUGAGGUUUUCUAACAUUAAUAUGCAUUUGGGGUAAACUCGUCUGGGGAAAGCUCAAUGUGCGACUGGCUCGUAGUGGCUGUAAUUCUGCACCACGGCUGAAUUUCGGGAACGUCUUGAAAUACUGUGUUUGGGGCCCACUAAUAUCUAUAUUAAAGCAUCCAUAAAGUAG